AUGACUUCAACUAUGAGGCAAAGGAAUACAGGCUCUCAGAUUAAUACAACAGUGUCUAAUGAUGCGAAUGGUACAAAAAAGUUGUAUUUUUACCAUGAAAUUGAUCCAUGGCAGCAAGACAAUCACUUUAUCAGAUCGGGGUAUGUUAAAGAAACCGGCUCUUUUAAGGAAUGCUUCAAGUCACUUUUCUAUUUACACAAUGAGUCAGUUAAUAUUUACACUCACUUGCUUCCUUCCAGCUUGAUAUUGGUUUACGUAUUGUACUACGUGAAUUUCAAAUUAACCAUAUACGAUAAUUAUUUAGGUAUAUGGGAGAAGCUCAAUUUUAUUCAAUUUGGUGCAGCAGCUACAUUUUGUAUGUUCAUGUCGUCGACGUUUCAUUGCAUCAAGUCUCAUUCUCCAAUGGUUUGUAAAUGGGGAAAUCAAUUGGACUAUUUUGGGAUCGUUAUUUUGAUAACUUGUUCAUUAAUCUCCAUUAUCUCGUUUGCGUUCUACGAUAUGCCUUACUGGAAAGACACAUUUGUUCUUCUAUUUUUAGGCUUAGGCAGUAUUGUUACAGUGCUUACCCUACAUCCAAAGUUUUCAUCGAAUGUAUAUAGGCCAUUGAGGUCUGCGAUGUUCAUUAUCUUUGGCUUAUCGGGAAUCUUCCCCAUAAUCGUAGCAGUGGAUCUAUUAGGAUAUGAAAAUGCAGUUGAAAGGUCUAGUGCAGGAUUUUUGGCUCUCGAGGGCUUCUUAUAUAUAUUGGGAGCUGUAUUGUAUGCUAUGAGAGUUCCAGAGAGAUUCACUCAUUUAGAGACUGAUGAGACAAGUUUGUUGAAUAACUCUCGCUCUGCCAAAUUUGAUAUUUUUGGUCACUCCCAUCAAAUAUUUCAUGUCAUGGUUGUCUUGGCCGCUUACUGCCAUUGGGUUGCAUUAAUAAACUGUUAUGAUUACUUGCACCAAAAAAUCUUACCAAGCUGA